AUGAAGAUCACCCCUAUAGUCGGCCUCGUUGUGGGCAGCCUGGCUGGACUAGGCACCGCCUUUCUGCAACCCCGAGACUUCAGUUCAAACGACUACUACGUCCUCCAUAUCGACCGCGAUGUCCACCCGGAUCAUGUCGCAUCCCGCCUCGGCUUGAGGAAUGAAGGGCAGUUGGGCGAGCUACCGCACCAUUACGUUUUCCGCGCCACACGAGACGAACACGAUGUAGUGCGGAGAGCGGUCCAGGAUCGCCGAAGGAAACGGUCCUUGGGAGACCUCGAUGUUCUUGACGGCGUCAAGUUCUCCCAGAAGCAGAAGCUGCGCGCCCCUAUGAAGAAAAGGGUCAUUCCACCACCGCCAGCCGGCCUAUACCCCGCGAAGCGAGCCGACACCGCCGAUGCGAACGCCCUCCUGAGACAGAAGUCGGUCAUGGAGACCCUGGGCAUCUCCGAUCCCAUAUUCAACGAGCAGUGGCACCUCUUCAAUCCCGUCCAGCUGGGCCACGACGUCAAUGUCACCGACGUUUGGCUGUUUGGUGUCACUGGCAAGAAUGCGACCGUCGCCAUCGUGGACGAUGGGCUGGACAUGGACAGCAACGACCUGAAACCCAACUACUAUGCUCUAGGCAGCUACGAUUUCAAUGACAAGAGGCCCGAACCCAAACCUACCUUGUCCGACGAUAGGCACGGUACACGGUGUGCCGGAGAGGUCUCCGCUGCUAGGAACGACGUUUGCGGAGUGGGCGUCGCCUACGACUCACAGAUUGCCGGCAUUCGGAUCCUUAGCGCGCUUAUCAGUGACGACGACGAGGCGGAGGCCAUGAUGUACGACUUCCAACACAACCAGAUUUACUCUUGCUCUUGGGGCCCACCCGAUGAUGGAAAAUCCAUGGACGCCCCCGGCGUCGUUAUCAAGGCCGCUAUGUUGAACUCCGUCCAAAAGGGACGUGAUGGCCUCGGAUCUAUUUACGUAUUCGCCAGUGGCAAUGGUGCUGCGCAGGAGGACAACUGCAACUUUGACGGGUACACCAACAGUAUCUACAGUAUUACCGUCGGCGCCAUCGAUCGGAAGGGAGUUCAUCCCUACUACUCAGAGCACUGUUCGGCCCAACUUGUUGUGACCUACAGCAGUGGUAGCGGUGAUGCCAUUCACACCACCGACGUGGGAGAGAAUCAAUGCUACUCGGGACACGGAGGUACUUCUGCUGCAGCUCCCCUGGCCGCAGGUAUCUUUGCUCUCGCUUUGGAGGUUCGUCCGGAUUUGUCGUGGAGAGACAUGCAAUAUAUCGCUUUAGAGAGUGCAGUCCCCGUCGACCUCGACACAGGAGAGUGGCAGCCCACGACCAAGGGCAAGCAGUUCAGUCACACUUUCGGCUACGGCAAGAUUGACAGCUGGGCCCUUGUCGAAACAGCAAGGACGUGGAAGAAUGUGAAGCCGCAAGCUUGGUUCUACUCCCCCUGGCUACAUGUCCACAAGGAGAUCCCGCAGGGGGAUCAAGGGCUGUCCGUGAACUUUGAGGUUACCGAAGAUAUGCUCAAAGAGGCGAACCUCGAGCGCCUCGAGCAUGUUACCGUGACAAUGAACGUCGAGCAUGACCGUCGGGGUGAACUAAGUGUUGACCUCAUCAGUCCCGACAAAGUCAUCAGUUACAUUGCCACCACUCGCAAGCACGACGAAAGUAAAGAGGGCUACGACGACUGGACGUUCAUGAGUGUGGCGCACUGGGGCGAAUCAGGUGUGGGCAAAUGGACCUUGAUUGUGCGGGAUUCCACGGUUAACGACAACAACGGCACGUUUGUCGACUGGCACCUCAAGCUUUGGGGCGAAGCCAUCGAUGCGUCCAAGGCUACACUUCUGCCCAUGCCGACCGAGCACGACGACGACGACCACGACGUGACUACCACCACUACCCUCACAGCAAGCACAACCAGUCUGCCCCCUAUUCCGGACGCUACCAACACUGGCGUUGCUACCACUCUCCCCUCUGACCAUCCUGAACGUCCCAUCAAGCCCAGCAACACCCCCAGCAACACCGCCACCGGUGGCGCCACUUCGGAAACCGGCACCGAAGCAGCAGAACAUGAGGCUACAAGCGCUCCAAGCUCAUGGCUGCCAUCAUUCCUCCCUACAUUCAACGUCUCGUCCGCCACACAGGCAUGGAUUUAUGGCGCACUGGGUCUGAUUCUGGCAUUCUGUUGCGGACUGGGCGGCUGGCUGUGGUACGUGCGCCGCAAGCGUCUGCGUAACAACCCGCACGACGCAUACGAGUUUGAGCCUCUUAAUGAGGAUGAAACCGAGGGACUUAACGGCGGGGGUGAAAAGGGCCAGAGGCGGAGAGGCGGCGAGCUGUACGACGCCUUUGCAGGUGGCAGCGACGACGAUGACGAUGACCACAGGAGUCUGGUGAGCGCGGAGUCAGACGAUGAGCGGGAGGUUGUGCGCGAGAAGCAGAAGCAGAGCUCGCGGCUGAUGGGCGACCAAUAG